AUGCGGCGCCCGCUGCGACGUCUCAGUCGAGCACCGCCUUGGCUGCAGGCCGGCUGGACGGGGGCGAAGAGCGCCUGGAUCCAGCAGCUGCGUCUGCAGCAUCCGGGCCUCGGGGCCGCGCUGGUGCUGCUCAAGACAUGGGCACAGAGGCGUCAAGUCUACGGUCAGUCUGUGGGCUUCCCCUCGGGCCUCGGCUUUAACUGCCUCGGCCUCUUCGCUGUGCAGCAAAGCCUGCCGCAGGUCGGGCUUGUGGAGGUCCCCGACUUUGCUCCCGAGGCGAAGGCGUGGCACCAAGAGGAUCUCAGCGCCGUACCCUCGUUGGUGACCCGCAUCUUCCGCUUCUAUGCGGAAGACUUCGACUGGCACAGCGAGCUCGUGUCCAUCCGCCUGGCCCGCCGCAGCGCCAAAGCCGCGCGGGGGGACGUCCGGGUGCUGGCGAUCGAGGACCCGGUAGAGACAUACUUGGACCUGGCGAGGCCCUACAUGAACCAGGCCAGGUCUGAGCUCCUGCGGCGGGAGAUGUGCGCGGCAGCCGCCAGCUUGGGCUCCGGGAGUUGGGAAGGCUUCCAGUGA